AAUUUCUUUACAAACUCUGGACUCUGAACUUCAGUUGCUGACGACUCGCACACGCUCAGUGGAGGAGAACGUCCAGAGAGACGCGGAGCUGCUGCUGCAGCUCGACAACUUCCUGCAGUCCGCAGCGUCGUCUCUGAGUUCGUUGCGUGGGAGUCGGCAGCAGCUGAAGGACGAGGGCAGCGAGCUGAUCGACUUCUUCUGCGAGGACAGAGACACGUUCCGGUUUGACGACUGCUUCAGUGUCUUUCACACCUUCUGCUCCAGGUUCACUGACGCCGUCAAGGAGAAUGUGGAGAGGGAGGUGAAGGAGGCGGCUCGACGCCGGCAGUUACAGGAGCUGGAGGAGCAGAAGAGACGCUUGUGGGCUGGUGACGAGGAGGUGGACAGAGGCUUCAGCUGGCACUGCAGGAGCCAGAGGGACAUGUCAGUGUCCACGUUACAACACGAAGGAAUGUUGACAGAACUCCUGACUCCCAAGUCGCAUCUCAAUGACUCCCUCGGUCCCCUGGGGCGCUCGGGAAGUUUACAACGUUCCCGGAACUCUCCAUCCAGUUUGCCAUCCAUCGCUGCUGAGCACGAACUGAGCGUGCUCCUAGAAAUGCUGGCCCCCGACCACAAACUCGCUCAGCAGAGAGGAGAGGGAGCUUUCAGAUCAUCCUCUGCCAAACCUGGCUGUAGAAGUCCAGGACUCCUUCCUGAGACAUGCAGCUUCUCCCAAAACCAGGAGGUGGCACCGCAGACGCCCUCGUCAACUCCCAAGAUGUGUCAGAGUCAGCGCGGCGCAGCGUUUAGCCACCAGGCGAUCGUAACAUCACGCCUUCAAACUGCUCUGAGGGGGAAACCAGGGAGUACGAAAAAAGACGUUAGAGCCCAAAGUGAUGAGAAGACGACAGGCAACAUGUCUGUGGUUUUAGAGACAUGCUCGCUGGUGCCUGAGUUGAAGGUGUUUGACAAGUUUGCCGCCUUGAAAAGUCGCAACGAAAGGCGUCUCACCAGGUGUCACCAUGAUGAUGUGGUUGUCACAGAUUUGGAGGAGGAGGGAGAGGACAAAUCCCGAGACAAGGAACCACAGAGAAACUCAUCUUCAUCACAAAGAGACAAAGACGAGGAGAUGGUGGUUGUGUGGUGUGUGACGGGCGUGUGCGAGGCUGCCGGCAAAGUGACACACGCUGAUAACACACAUGCACAAACUCAGGAGGAUCAGAGUCCGAGCAGCACUGACAGAGGAAACCAACAGACUUCCUGUGUUCAACCCAAUCACACACCAGGACCUCAGCUAGCCAAUAAGAAGCCAGUGCCUGUUCCCAUCAGCAGCCAACCAGUGUCCUGCUGUGAUGUCCCAUCAUUUCAAGACUCCCUAACCCUAACCCCUGGGUGGCGCCCAGCAGAGCCUGCGAUAGCCAAUGAAGCGCCUGCUCUCACAACAGACGCCUUGAAGGAAGCUAAGAAACCAACCAAUCACGGAGGAGACAGAGGAGAGGGCUCCACCAAUGACAGAAGAGAUGUUGAGACCUUCCCAGAACAAUUAGCAGAUGACAGGGGCGGGAGCAAUGCUACUUCCUGUCACUUGACCAAUGACAGCACAGAUUCAAACAAUGGAAACGCAGAAUGUUCAACUUCCUUCAGACUGUCCACCAAAAAUGCUGCUACCUCAAAAACAUGCCACGCUGCCAUCCAACCCAACGCAACCACAAAUGCCACUAACAAAUCAAAACCCAUCCGCACCCUCACCACCUCUGGGAACCAAGGCAUGAGGCGGGUUGUGCCCAUCUCCCGAAACGACCGCACAGCUACCUCGCUGGGCAAUCGUCCUAAGAAGCCCGGCGACCAGCUAGGAUCCUCCAGCACCGCAACGCCUGCCAGUCUGACCGUCUCCAACCUCAACAGCCCCUCAUUCCGACGAGGAGAGAGGCCAUCCACCGCUGCUUCCUCCCGACCGUCCAGCUUCCACAAGACACAGGACGCCAAGGACUCAAGAGACCAAAGGGGUUCAGGUCCUCAGACGUCUCGAGAGCAGAACCACAACGUGCAAAGGAAACGGCCUGUCCGAAAAUCUUCAACGAAACCGCAGCAGGAGGAGAAGAUGUGUCGCUCUACGCUGCGAGCUCUCGGUCAGACAGGUAGAGGCAGCGUCAGCGCCCCUGCCACGCCUCUACACAGUACCACCGCUCCAUCAUCACAACUUCCAGGUUUUGCCCGAAGCACCGCCUUUUCCUCUUUUAGACGUACCCACACACCUACUGGUCGCCUCCCCCUUCUUCAUUCAACCGACACUGGCUCAGACUCCUCCCACAUAUCUUCCCACAAGGCCACCACCCCUUCCUCCAUCACUCCACCCCCCAACAACGCCUCCUCACCCUCCACCGGAACAAGCUCAACAAGAGUCUCCACCAGGUCUUCAGAUGUCCUCGACUCCUCGUCCUUCCUGCUGAGGACAUCUCUGAGCAUGAGAGCUUCCCCUCACUCUCUCCUCCACCACUCCCUGACUCCCCCUAAAGGCCAGAGGAGAAAUGACAGUGGCAGCUUCUCCGACAGAUCGAGUCACUCCAGGGACUCGGUCAAGACCGCGCGGCCGAGCUGGAGAUAACAGGCUGCAUUCCAAUAUGAGUUCUGAAUAUGGCCGUUGUUCCUGCACGUGGAAGGAAGCCAGCGGACACAUUCCAAUAUGAAGUGUAGUAUUCCAACUAACAUACGAAACAUCACGUUAAACUCUGACCGACCUGAGGGUCACGUGUCCUGUUAUCAUCCUUAUUAUUAUUGUUUCGAUGAUAAAACUAAAGAGUUGAGAUUUGAUUCUGAUUCAAACUGUGUGUUGAGUUUGUUUAUUUCUAUCUUUAUCUAUGUACAUGUAUGUAGAUAAUAUUUCUCAUAUAUCUAAAAACUAUGAUCCGAUGGAUAAAGUAUUAAUUCUCCAUCUCUGCUCUUUGUUCCCGUCCAUCUUUACUUUAUGUUAAUUAGUUCAGUGUAGGAAUGAAUUCUUCGUUUAAAUAACUGUUUAAGAAUGUGACUGUGCGUUCACAGUAACUCGUGACGAAAAGAGAAAAACCCGGUAUU